AUGGCUAUCUUGUCUCCCGCAAAGGGCGUCUCACUGCUGACUUUCCCCGCCGAGCUUCUGGUGGUAGUCUUCGGUUGCUCCUCUUCAUUCAAGGAUGUUGCCAACCUCGCUGCAAGCUGUAAACGGCUGAACAGGAUCUGGAAGGAGCACACGUCAUACAUCUGCAAUCUUGUUGCAUCCACAACCACUCCCUGUUAUGAAGAUUUACGGGCUCUCCUGGCCAAGCAGGGAUAUCUCGCCUUGGAUGCCCAAGUUCUGGAAAUCUCGGACGUUGCUCGGAUCAUACAAACUUCCCAGAACGUCAAUGAUCUAGCCACUUCAUUCCUUGAUCGCGUGAAAAAACAUCGCCAUUGGGACCCACAAGUCCCUAAGGUCUUGUCGCCUCUUGAAGAAAUCCGCUUCAUCCGUGCCCACUACCAGAUCUGGGGACUGAUGCGACUUGGCGUCCCCGAACAGAAGGAGUGCAUUGGAAGCAUGGAUCUCGAGCAGAGCUGUUUACUGUCGGACUUCUUGUGUAUUUUUGAUCCUUGGGGGAUCAAAGAUCCUGUCCUUGAGCAGAUCAUGGACCGCGAUCCGGCGGCUCAUCACUGGUUGCAGCAGAAAAUUCGACGGCAACGGAACAAGGGCUUUCUUGAGCAGCUUAAUCAUGCCUACAAGCCGAUGAGUUUUACGCCUUAUGAGAAGCAUGGGCGGUACGCGUGGUGGUGCGAUCGGCAACAGGAUGUGUUCAAAAAGAUGUUGACAGGGUUCUUUUUUAAGGAAGAGCAAGACAGCAAUACGGGGGAAGAAGAAGAGGAGAGCUCUGGAGAAGAGAAUUACUGA